AUGACGUCAUGGCCAUUUGAUGCAUGGGGAUUAGAUGUAGUUGGUCCUUUAGACAAGUCUUCAAAGGGCUACUUGUAUAUCUUGGCUGCCACUUUUUCCAAAUGGGCAGAAGCUACACCUUAUAAACAUGUGAAAAAGGAAACAGUGGUUGAUUUCAUCAAAUCGAACAUUAUCUAUCGAUAUGGUGUCCCUCAAUACAUUAUCACUAAUAAUGGGACGAAUUUCAAAAAUAGUUGGGUAACUGACCUUUAUGAGAAGUUUGGUUUCAAACAACGUAAGUCCUCCAUGUACAAUGCCCCUGCCAAUGGUCUCGCGGAAGCAUUCGAUAAAACUCUUUGUGAGUUAUUGAAGAACGUCGUCAACUAG